UUCUGGUAAAAUGGCAACGUGGUCACAACGGCGUGGCCUCGUUGCGGCCUCGACGUUACCACCUCGUAGUAGCACGAAAUGACGGACGCACAGCGUCCCGAAGUGACAGAACUUUGUGAAACGCGACUCAACAUCAGCCGCAUUACAGUUCCUUCUUCCAAACAACUUUUUUUUUCAUCAUGAAAGUUAUCCUUCGAUUGUGAUAAGCUGUAACUCGCAUUCUGCACUGCGUCCGUCUUCAUGCCACAUCUCUGCUGAUCAGUUAUCCAGACAAUUAUCCGUUAUUUCAGUUUAGCAGCCAAUUAGAAUGACAAGAAUCCGAAGAAUCUGCUGCAUCGGAGCCGGUUACGUGGGUGGACCCACCUGCAGCGUUAUUGCGCUGAAGUGCCCGGAAAUUCACGUGACGGUCGUUGAUAAGAGCAAGGACAGGAUAGCGCAAUGGAAUUCACAGAAGUUGCCGAUAUAUGAGCCGGGCUUGGAUGAAGUGGUGCAAAAAUGCCGCGGAAAAAAUUUGUUCUUCUCCACCGACAUUGAGACGGCGAUCAAGGAGGCCGAUUUGAUAUUUAUUUCGGUGAACACACCGACGAAAACUUUCGGCAACGGCAAGGGGAGAGCAGCGGACUUGAAAUAUGUCGAAAGCGCUGCUAGAAUGAUCGCGGAAGUUGCAACGGGAGAUAAGAUUGUCGUUGAAAAGAGUACCGUACCGGUAAGAGCGGCCGAAAGUAUCAUGAACAUCCUCCGCGCUAAUCACAAACCAGGUGUUUCCUAUCAGAUUCUCUCGAAUCCGGAAUUUCUGGCCGAAGGAACUGCUAUAGAAGAUCUGGUAAAUGCUGAUCGGGUGCUGAUUGGCGGAGAAAAUUCGCCAGAAGGACAGGCAGCUAUUGAGGAAUUGUGUAAAGUUUACGAACAUUGGAUUCCAAGAGAAAAUAUUUUAACGACUAAUACGUGGAGCUCAGAACUAUCCAAGCUGGCUGCAAACGCUUUCCUUGCUCAGCGCAUCUCUAGCAUAAACUCGUUGUCAGCAGUAUGCGAAGCUACGGGUGCCGAUGUGUCCGAGGUCGCUCGGGCAAUCGGACUUGAUUCUCGGAUCGGUUCCAAGUUCCUUCACGCUUCAGUCGGUUUCGGCGGUUCCUGUUUCCAAAAGGACAUUUUGAACUUGGUGUAUAUUUGCGAGUGUUUAAAUCUGCCCGAGGUAGCGGCGUACUGGCAACAGGUGAUCGAUAUGAAUGAAUAUCAGAAAUCAAGAUUUUCCGCAAAAGUCAUAGAAUCUCUCUUUAACACUGUGACGGACAAGAGGAUUGCCAUGCUAGGUUUUGCCUUCAAGAAAAAUACAGGAGAUACGCGUGAAUCACCAGCUAUUCAUGUCGCUAAGACGUUGUUAGAUGAAGGCGCUGUUCUUCACAUUUACGAUCCCAAGGUUGAGGAAACUCAGAUCAUCCAAGACUUGACUCAUCCAAGCGUAACGAACAAUCCUGAAGACAUAAAGAAUAGAAUCAGUAUAUAUAAAAACGCUUAUAGUGCCACGAAGAAUACACAUGCGAUAGUUUUAUGCACAGAGUGGGACGAAUUUAUCGAACUGGAUUACACGCAAAUUUAUGCAGAUAUGAUGAAGCCAGCGUAUAUUUUCGACGGAAGAAAAAUUUUAAGUCACGAUCGAUUGCAAAGGAUCGGUUUUGUUGUUCAAACCAUCGGUAAAAAACUCACUAGAUCCGCAAUUUCGAGAGCGUGGGGUAGCCAGACGCAAGUUUAAAGAAAAAUGGACCAAGCAAUACUUCCAAUUUGAUAAAAAGAACAAUUAUCCACAAUUAUUGCAAUAAUUUUGUUGAGUUAAUCCACACAUAUAAUUGCAUUUGUGAAUCGUAGGAUAUUGAAUUUUAUUAAGAGUAAAUACGUUUUCCUAAUAGACGUAUCAAUAUAGACUGCGCAUCGUAAUUCAGGUAACAUUCGAUUACAUGCGAUAUUUAUUAUAUUUUAAAAUAUAAACUCUAUUAUAUACUAUUUUCUAUAACUGAUGAAUUUAGAAACAAAUAGAAUGUUACGGAAUGGAGUAUGUCUUCUCAGAAAUAUAUUUUAAUAAUUAAAGGGUACUGUAAGAAUGUGUUAUAUAUUUCAGGUCAUUUGUUUAUCAUAAUUUAAUUUUUUAUAAAAUUAAGUCCUUCAAAGAAAAACUAGAUCUGCCUAUGAUGCUGUGUUUAAAUUUUAGAUAUCACGUUGUGCUUAAUUAUCUUAGAGUAUUAAAAAAACCAAGCAGAUAAAAAAAUACAUUUUUUAUCUCAUAUGUUAGAAUUUUUUUUAUCGUGUAUGUUAUCAAUAUGGGUGUGGAAGCUCGAUAGAUUUUAUAUCUUCUUCUAGCAAGUGAUCCAUUCUGAGGCAUAUUAAGACAAGUCGUUUGCUUGGUGACAACUAAUGGGGGAGGAAUGGGAAUGUACAUAUUAAGCAGUAAGUGCAUGUGCGUUAUUGAAUAAACUUAAAACUAGAAAUUAAUUGCAACUUUCGUCAAUGUUUUGUAGUUGACGUAUUUUAGAAACGAAUUUUAUGAUGUGUGUAACUAAAGGUGAUGCUUUUAUCGCAAAAAUGUAAUAGUAUUUUUCUUGUAUUACCAAAAUCUUCGUUGAGUUUCUUUUUAAAUAAUUUUUAAUUUAUUUACGAUUAAACAAUUGCAACAAGAGCUUUGGUAGCAUCCGAAGAGUUCUAUCGCUUUAGAAAUGUUAAAAUUAGCCUGAAAAUUGCAAUUAAUUUCUUAUUCUAUAGUAAUUGGAUCGUUUUACAUAUAACGCAUUACUGCUUAAAAAGAAAUACUUGAAAUUUCUUGAAUACUCUCACAUCUAAUUAGUUAGAUACACUAUCAAUUUCAACAGAUAUAAUCAUUAAAUAAAGAAUUAUUAGAUAAAAUAAAAAAUACAACGUCCACUCGCAAUGAAAUGAAGAUGAAUUUAAAAAUGCUAUAAACAUUACAUAUCCUUAUUUUAUUUGUUAUUUUAAAUUAAGAUUAUUUUAACAAUUUCAAUGGCAUUUUAAUGUUAAGUAUAAUGAAACCUAUUCCAUACAUAUUAUUACAACGGAUAUUUAAAUAUAAUACGCGUAAUAUACAAACAGAUAUUUACUUUAUUAUUAUUAUUAUUAUUAUUAUUACAAGUUCGACUUUUAUCUGUUAUUAUACACAUUUACGCUAAGUAAUUAUUGCAAACUUUUUCUGAUAAACAUUUGUUAGCAUCUUGUCUUAAAUUUUAUUUGUUCGACAUGCUCUAAAUUCUUCGUACAAUCGACAUUAAAUCUAUCCCAAUUUCUUAUUUUUCUACACGAUAUCUUGAUAUAAUGCAUUUUGUGAUAAUCAAAUUUGCAAAAUAUUUUUGAAGUACUUUAUAAUAUUAAUUAGCAUAUUUUAUCCUAUAUCAAACUUACGAAAUAACUUAAUGCAGAUUUCGUAAAUUCAUCGUGAAAAUAUUUUAAAUAAAGAUUAGAAAGAAUUUAACAUUCAUUA